CUUGUUAGCUAGCCUGCGCACCGAGUCUCCUUGCUGCCGCCGACAAAACGGUUUCGUGCGGGGCUUUCUCCUCCAUCACUUCCUCCUUUUGAGCAAUGUGUUGUCAGGCAGGGAGGUGUGAGGAGCCAGGCUCUUCACUCCUUCACGCUACUCAGGAGCCAUGGCGGAGCGGACACUGAGGAGGGAACCAGCGGCCGGAGCACAGCGUCUCCUCAGCAGCGGCUUACACGAGAGGAGGACGGGUCCACGUUACCUGCAGCACGGUCACAACUACUAGCGGAAUACAAUGGUGACGCCUCCUAAAGUUUUACACACAUCUUUAGCUCCUGUCACAGACGGCCGGUUCAACUUUUCAAUACCUGGCAUUGUCCUUAAUGUCGACGGGAUCGUAGCGACGUAGAGUUUGUUCUGCUUUUCUUUUCUUCCAGCUCGUCUGUCCUGUAAAGCCAUCUGCCCUCCGGCGUAAAUCUGGCGCACUGUCCCGCAGUGGCUCACAGAGCGCCUCUUUAGUAUUUCAGAGCCGAGUCAGCGGAGGUUAACAUGGGGGCAAAGCAGAGCAGCCCCACUGCUAAUCCAGCUGCUAACGGACGGACCAGAGCCUACUCCGGCUCGGACCUGCCCUCCAGCACGUCCAGCAGCAACGGCAGCAGCGUUAGCAGGACUGCCGCUGGGGGAGCGAGGUACCACGCGUACGGUGCGUCCGGAGCCGCCGGAGCCGCGUCCAGCACCAGCCAGCACCACGGAGCCAGGGCGAGGUCUGUGGGGGGCUCCGGAGGCUCCGGGACCAGACCUCAGUCCGGCAUCAACAUUCCGAACAGCAGCGGAGCCUACAGCUCCCAGGAGUCCGGCGGCAGCAGCCCGGAGGAGGCGGCGGACAGGCAGCGCUCGGGCGGAGGACACGAUGGUCCCCGGCUGUUGAUAGGAUCACUACCAGCACACCUCUCGCCUCAUCUGUUCGGAGGCUUCAAGUGCCCUGUGUGCUCCAAGUUUGUGUCCUCAGAUGAGAUGGAUCUUCACCUGGUCCUGUGCUUAACCAAACCCAGAGUGACAUAUAACGAGGACGUCCUGACCAAGGAUGCAGGAGAAUGUGCAAUCUGCCUGGAGGAGCUGGCACAGGGAGACACCAUCGCUCGCCUGCCCUGCCUCUGCAUCUACCAUAAAGGCUGUAUCGAUGAGUGGUUUGAAGUGAACAGAUCGUGUCCGGAGCAUCCAUCAGAUUAAAGCUCGGUUUGCACAGGUGAAGGGUUUCCUCAUUGUCACUGUGGGGUUUCUCUCCUUUCUGGUUUUUGAACUCUCUGCUGGUUGAUGACAGGUACUCUACAGUCACAGUGAUGUACAAAAUGAAAUGUGGCUCCAGGGAGACUGCUGGACACUGUGACCACUGUGAUCAGUUUAACCCCACCCACCUACCCAAUAAUGUAGUACCACGGUGUGCCAAAUCUCAUUUAAGCAAUCUUCAGGGAUACAGACUAUUGUGUUUAUGUUUGUCCAUCCGCACUCAGUCUCAGACUGGACGGACUGCUCUCCACCUCACACCCUCUCCUCCAGCAUCGACAGAGCUCAGAGCCACACAGGACACUAUGGCUGCCAGGGCUCUUCUUCCUGUGUGGCCAUUGGACAGCAAAAUGUCAGCUGAUUGUACGCCAGGACACUGGAGGAGGUGGACAUGUUCCUGGAGAGGGGGGGGUCUUGACGACGUGUGUGGAUUAUCCCUCCCCCCCUUCUCCUUCAGCAUCAGUGUCUACCAGUGCCUUGUUGUUGUGGCACCCAGCCACAGCAGGCCGGGACAGAGGAGUCCAGACUGUCAGCCGAGGCCAGCUGGACCGCCUGGACGGACACAGAGGACCAUCUCACCACAACUGCCAUUCUACCAGUCCAGGAGAACCGAGCCAGAGACAGGCAGAAACACCUGUGUGUUGUAGAACUGAUGCUGCUGCGUAAAUGGUGCCAACCAACUGUGAAUAUUCAAACACACACACACACACACACACACUCUCUCUCUCUCUCUCUCUCUCUCUCUCUCUCUCUCUCUCUCUCUCUCUCUCUCUCUCUCAAUCAUCAGUGCUUUUUAAUCAUGUACCAUGAAGUAGAGGUCCUCAGGUGAGAAGGCUCUCUGACUCCUGCCACCAUGCUCAGUUUCUUGUUCUAACAAGAUGCAUUUAAUGUUACAAUGUAACAACGUAUAGAAGGUUCUCCUUAUAACAGCAGCAGGAGAAAUGUCCUUGUUUUUAAUUCAUUUUGCAUAAUCAUAAGUGGCAUGUUGUUAUAACAAAGGUUCAUUUUUAAAACAGAAUAUAUACAAAUAUCUAAUGAUAAUAAAAUAUCAUUAAUGGGAUCUUAUAAUAAGAAACAACAAGGAAAUGAUUUUCUUUGUCCAGUUUGCUGUCAGUUUUGUUUUUUGUUACUGGACGGAAAAAUGAGCUUCUGUUGUUUUCAUAGCGUCUGCCAGAGGUAUCCAACAUCAUAGCCCUCUGUUUACUGUUUAAAACCCAGGGUUUGAGAAUGAAUACCAUAUGACAGAACAAAAUAUUGCAAUACAAUAUUUUCUUACACCCUUAAUCUCCAAUCAGGCACUUACCGGUGACUUUGCGGUUUAAUCCCUUGCCACCAUGGUACCCAAGACUUCUUCACUCUGAGUGCAAACUGUGGGUUAAACGCACAGUGAUCCUCCACUGUAACAUCAGUAGCAACAAGCAACAUUUGUUCUACUAAAUAUCUAUGGUUGUCAUCGACAGAGCUACAGCAGACUGGUCUCAGGUCUUUGUGCUUUCCUUUAUAAAGACUCAGCAUUAAGUAAGGCUGGCCAGGACUGAGGGACACAAGGAUAACGGGAUCCAUUUCUUGUGUUUUUAUGGGGUCAGGUUUGUCUGAGGACCUCUACCAUGGAGGUGUACAGUCUUUUUCAAAACUAUCAGUUGAUUUCACCGACAAGUUCAUAUUCUCUGCUUGAUGAUGAGUUUAUCAGUGAAUUCACCCAGUGUGGAUCCCAAGCUCCUUUUUUUCCCACGACUCAGAACCCAGAGCUCGCCCCACCACCCUGAAGACUAUUUUUAUACUGGAAAAACAAACAAGCUGCUUCACUCUUUCCUUAAUAGCAACUUAAAGAGCAAUCUCUUCCCAGCUUUAUGUAGAGGCUCGUAAUGAGGGCACGAUGGAAGCUUUCAUUCCCCAAUGUUUGUUCAUGUGAGAUGUGUCCAUAUGGCCUCCACUUUCUCUUGCUCUCGUCCCUCUGUGUCUUUAAAGCUACCUCCAGGUAGGAGCCGUGUUAGUGGAGGAAGGUAACGCAAUAUCAAGUGGAGAGAAAAAGUAUCACAACCAUUUUUAUAAUCCUCAAAUUCUGAAAGUGCUUGAGGCAUCAAAUCAUGUUUUGCACAUACAGCAUUACAAAUCUGAACAUCAUGAUGAAUAUUUUAGGAUAGAAUAUACAGUAUAUAUCAGUGGUAUCAGAACGCCCUGACGCAUGUGUGUGCAGGUUAUUUUCCAAACUGUCAGCAGAGCAGUUGAUUUUCCAGGUCAAUGUCCUACUAGAACUAGAUAAGAAGAAUUAGUCAGCUGCUGAAUCCCAAAUUCAUUUCUCCUUUCCUCCACUCCCUCCUGUCAGUGACUAACCUGGGCUGGGUUCAGUCUGAGCCAUUACUCACACUGUACAUGCAGCAGCAAACUCCAUGCUACAUGUGGAGAGUUACUAGGAGGGGGGUGAAUCUUACAUUUGAUUUUAUAAAAAAAGGCCCUCUAUGGUGUUACUGAUAUUUUCUUUGGACCAUCCCCUUUGACUGCAGUUGACCCUCCCUAAGUCCCGCCCCUUUUUGUUCAUUGCUCCACUAACAGUUGCAUGUCAAAACUUUAGCUAACUAACAAUUGAUGUAAAUUUGAAGAUAGUUGCUAGCCUUUUGUUAAUAUUUGCUAAUAUUUCUAAGUUACACACUUGAGUGUAUUUAUGGUGGGAGCUUUCAGAUCUAACUAGCUAGCUGAUUUGCUAGCUAGUUGACCGAGGUUCUGACUUGCUCAACUGUUAUUGGAGCACGGAGCAAAAAAGGGGCGGGGUAGGGAAGGGUCAAUACCACUGUCACACUGUGUCAGUGAUAUACGCCAACAGUCCCUCUCUAAAUCAAAAGAAAUAUGUAUUUUUAACUUAUGUCAUUCUCUGGUUAGGAUAACGGUGAGGGUUCCUAAUUGGAGGAAAAAUUGAGUGAACUUUGGAGUUUUGGGAUCCACCCGACACAGCCACGCAGAGAUUAGCUGAGUCCUGUAAUACACUGUCCCACCACUGAGUGGUGCUACAGAGUCAUGUACCUCGUGUUGUUCUCAGCUUGUAGUCAUAGAACAUUUGGCUGAUUGAUGAUCUCACAGGGCUCGAACUGUACCUCCAGCUCUCACUUUAAUUCUGCAAUCAAUUAUUAUUUAUCAUCUUUGUCAUAAUCGUACAGAUGAUUUCUGAGAGCAGCUUAGACACUGACUAGUGAUGUCUUUUCAUUUCUGUGAAUUUUAAAGGAAAAGUGCAACGGAUCUGGCCUUAAUAGAUAUGAUGAUGACAUUCAGUUAUCUGUCCUUGUGGUUGUUGAUUGUUUUAUUGUUUAACAGCUAUCUGCUAUAGCAUAAUGACUCAUCCACCUACAGUAGCCAGAGAGAAAAGACGAAAACCUUUACAUUUAUGAUAAAAGUGGAGAUAUACGGAGGGGAAAGGCCAGUGUCAAACUAUAACCAGAGAGAUGGAAUUUUAGAAAAAGGUUCAGUUCUGUACUGUAACGAACCUGUGAAAUGUAUUUUGCAACUUCCAUCCCAGCCGGUUGCGGCUUCCCCUAUUUGCACAUGCAGUGAGAAAUCCCCUGUAUAACGUGACCUGAAAGAAAUGCAGGAGGAGGAGUAUUGGCUCAGUGUGGGGACGGACAAACCGUUGCAUGUCCAGACUCUGAAUUGUACUGGGAGUGAGAGCCACUGAGGUUACAGUCCUGAGAUAAGCCUUAUGAGCUACUAUAGAAUCAGUCAAGCACUUUUUAGCAUUUUCAUAAUUUAUUUCUUGCCAGUUCUGAGCCCCAACAGACAUUAGCUAAUGAAAUGUAACAGAGAAUGUGUGUUGUUCAAUAUGUAACUGACAGAAAAUCCUAACAAAUAUUCCUUUUCUGUAAAACUGUGUACAAAACAAAUUAAGAGUGAAAAUCUUUGAAUACCAAUCAUUCUCUUGUACUUAUUGCAUUUUUUGUUAUUGUGUUUGAAGCUAAUCCAAAUUUUUAAGUAAAAAUUCUGCCGUCUAAUCAGUCUGAA